ACCCUAGCCUCUUGGUAUCGGGGCGUUUCCCAUACGUCCGAACUACUUCCCUGGUCUCGGGGCUUCGGUCAUGGCGGAAGAGCUCGCUGCGAACCCCCAACCAAAUGAAGGAAACGCGCCGGAAGCCGGAUCCGCCGUAGACAUGGAGCUGGGGACCUCGUCUUCCAAAAUCCCCGGCGGUUCCGGGCCCCUGGCCGUUGAGAACGGGGCGGAGAAGCCAGGGGAUGAGGGCGGAGGAGGUGGGGUGAAGAGGAAGAGAGAGGAGGGAAACGAUACGGUGGCAGAGGACAAGGAGGAGGACGAGGCUGGAUCCUCGAAUAAACGGAUGGUGGAGAGGUCUCUGGAAGAAAAAAGCCUCGACAAGAUGGAAGAUAAGAAGGAGGGGGGAGAGGAUUCGAAUGCGGAUGAGAAGGAGGAAGAAGAAGGAGGAGGAGGCGAGGAGGAGAAGAAAUCGAUGAAGGUGUGCCUGGGACCGAAGGCGUUUGACUCGUCGAAGGAGAUGUUCGACUACUUCUUCAAGCUACUACGUCAAUGGUCUCCCAAUCUCGAUAUCAACGAGUACGAGCACAUGGUGCUGUUGGACUUACUGCAGAAGGGCCAUCCGGAGCCGGAGAAAAAGAUUGGAGAAGGGAUCCAAGCAUUCCAGGUCCGGUACCAGCCAGCAUGGAAAAGCCGGUGCUUCUUCAUCGUACGAGUUGACGGAACCGAUGAUGAUUUCAGCUUUCGUAAAUGUAUCGAUCAGAUUCUCCCAUUGCCUGAACACAUGAAGGCCCAGUCGGCCUCGAAUGGCAACAAGGUUGGCCGAAGGAAGGGAGGCUGUGGCUUUGGGAAUCAGGGAGGCAGAAGUGGGGGAAAUGGAAGCCGAGGCUGUGGCAGGAGAGGUGGGAAGUAAGAUCUCACCCUGUUUCAGCCUACUUGGUGAUCUCUAAUUUAUUGAGUGAAAGCUCUCGAGUUCUGUUAUUUGAUCUUAAGAGAAAAAACGUCAUGCAAGCCCUAGUUCUAUGGGUUAAUUUCUUUUAAUCUAAUUUUCUUUAUUGCUAUUAUGUUUUGUUGUCUCAGAAUCGAAAUAAAUUUCGCUGGUGGUCUUCUGCUUGCUGACUAGCCUCCAGAA